CAUUUUCAAGCAAUCAAAAUAAAGUUAUACAUAAAGGAGUCAUUAUAAGGUUACAACUUACAAGACAUGAAGUUCAUUACAUUAGUAUUCACUGCCUCUGUUCUGCUGUCUAUCGUUCUAACGAAACCAAUAAUUUCAAGGGAAGAAGUGAAAGCGGCAUGCCAUUUGGAAGAUCUUCAAAUAUGCAAGCAAGCAAUAAUAACUGAAAGUCCACCAUCGCCAGAAUGUUGCAAAAAAUUGAAAGAACAAAAGUCAUGUUUGUGUAAAUACUUAAUUAGUCCACCGAUUAGUCAGUAUAUUGGAGCUGCAAAAAGAGUCAUAGCGGCUUGUGGCAUACAUAUUCCUAAUUGUUAAAGUCUCAAAUAUUAAUAACAUAAUUUAUAAUGUAAUAAUUAUCACAAUCAUAUUUGAUAAUGUUAAUCAUUCGGAGUUUGUCA